AUGCCUCGGGUGUCGUUCGCCCCUCCAUCAAUGUGCCUUACCUUCCUCCCUGUGCUGGGCCGCCUCCUCCCCUCCCUCCCCCCCACGGUCCAGGACGUGGACGUCCCCCCUCUGUUCCGGGAGCAGUUCAUCCUGUCGGGGUACCGUCCUGUGGGCCUGUCGUGGCGUUGUUACGUCCUCAGUCUCCUCCAGAUCCACAACGAGACUCUGAACGUGUGGAGCCACCUGCUGGCCGCCGUCUGCGUGCUGAUGAGAUUCACGAUGUUCACCAUUCUGCGGGGAGGGGGGAUCCUGGGUUUUCGGCUGCAGGGUCCUGAAGGUCAGGGGUUGUCUGUGGACGUAUCCUCACUGCCUCUGGUCCUCUACGUCUUCUCUGCUGUCACAUACCUGAGCUGCAGCGUUGCGGCUCACCUGUUGCAGUCCCACUCGGAGCAGGCACAUUACUCGCUCUUCCUCCUGGACUACGUGGGCGUGGCCGUCUACCAGUAUGGCUGUGCUCUGGCUCUGUGCCUGUACAGCGCCGAGGCCGCCUGGACCCGAAGCAUGCUGGGACAGAUCUUCCUCCCGGCUGCCGCCCUCCUCGCCUGGUUGUCCUGCACCGCCUGCUGCUAUGCAAAGCUUCAUUUCCGCCGACCGUACCCGCUGCACAAGAAGCUCUGCCAGGUGGUCCCGAUGGGCGUGGCCUACCUGCUGGACAUCAGCCCUGUCGCCCACCGCCUCGCCACUUGCAGCUGGACGAACAACUCUGCACUUCCUCUGCACUUCCUGCAGGUGGUGCUGUUUCUGCUCUCAGCCUUCUUCUUCUCCUGUCCUAUACCUGAGCGCUUCUCCCCCGGCCGCUACGAUAUUGUUGGCCACAGCCACCAGCUCUUCCACAUCGUGUUGUCUUUCUGCACGCUUGCCCAGCAGGAGGCGCUGUUCCGGGACUUUCUGUGGCGGCGGCCGGCACUGGUCAGGGAUUUCGGGGAAGAGCGCCUCCUGCUGGCCUGCGCCUCCUUCCCCUGCUUGACGCUCUGUUGCGCGAUGACGGCGCUCGCCAUGAGGAGGAGAGCUCGAACACAGCGGACGAAAGAGCAAAGAUAG